CACUCAGCAGAACACACUGACUGAAGGACACACUGAGUUUCCUCUGGCUGAGAGAGGCUGCUGCAGCUGUAGCUGUCUCAACUCAUUAAACAGUGAGUGACUCGAAUCAGUGAGCCAUCUCUAGAGCAGACUAGUCUACUCUGCUUAUCCGUGGUGUGUUCCAUCUGACAGCAGGUAUGCCUGGGCUAUUGCUGGGGGACUGCUUCCCGGACUUCGAGGCAGACACCACGAUCGGUAGGAUCAAAUUCCAUGAGUUCCUGGGAAACGAAUGGGGUGUCCUUUUCUCACACCCGAGGGAUUAUACGCCAGUGUGCACCACAGAGCUGGGACGGGCAGUAAAACUAGCACCAGAAUUUAAGAAACGAAAAGUUCGCAUGAUCGCUCUGUCCAUAGACUCUGUGCCUGACCAUCUUUCCUGGAGCAAGGACAUAAAUGCAUACAACUCCGAUGAGCCCACAGAGACUCUACCCUUUCCAAUUAUUGCAGAUCCCAAACGGGAUCUUGCUGUGCAACUAGGUAUGCUGGAUCCUGAUGAGAAGGACAAUGAAGGGAUGCCAGUGACUGCACGAUGUGUGUUCAUUAUUGGCCCAGAUAAGAAAAUGAAGUUGUCAAUACUGUAUCCAGCAACCACUGGUAGAAAUUUUGAUGAGAUCUUGAGAGUAGUGGACUCUCUUCAAUUAACAUCAAACCACAAUGUUGCAACUCCUGUGGACUGGAAGCUUGGUGACAGAGUUAUGGUCCCACCGACUGUUCCUGAGGCAGAGGCUUGCAAAAUGUUUCCUUCCGGCGUCUUCACCAAAGAGCUGCCUUCUGGUAAAAAAUACCUGCGAUAUACCGCACAGCCAAAAUAAUGCUGCAUCAGAGCUCUUUCUGCUUGAUGGCGAGGAAGAAAUGAUCCUACAGUACCUGGUUUUUGCACACUAAAUCUGAUUAGUCACAUAUCUAGUUCUGUUACUGAGUAAGUAGAAGAAUGUAAUAUGAACAGUGGAUCCUUGAAACCUUUGGUCUUCUCAAGAUUACAUCUAUCUUCCUUACUGAUGCUUUAAAUAGGACAUUAACUCUCUCAUCAGAUCUGUAGUUUAUCUUGAGUUAUUGUGCUGGCAUUGGGACUGGAAGAUUCCCUGAUGUCUGGAUACUGGUAGCCAUAAUAUACAGUAGCAAUACUGCCUUUCUGACCAAAAUCAAUGCAUUGAUAAUCAAACAUCCUUUUACUAUUUUUGCAUUGUUCCAUGAACCUUUCAUUUUUUAAACUUUUGGACAUACUGUGGGAUUAUUUCUGAAUAAAUUUUACAAGUGAAUUCAAA